CUCACGCGCAGACAUGCGCGCACGCUUUACAGAAGCCGCGCGAGAGAGCGCCGCAGUCACCACGUCACUGAGGACGAGUAACUGGCCGGCCUGAAUUCAUCCGACCGGGGGGAAAAGACAGACCGAGUUUAGGGGCCGCUGUCACUCUGCACCGAUACUUCCUGCACCGAGAAGGAAAUAAAGAUCAUCAUUGUUUGCAACAUAGUUUCAUCCAAAGCUGAGGCCUGAAACUAUUGAUUCCUGAGCAGUGUUGACAUAUAAGACCAAAUAUAGACAUGGUGUUCAGAGGUACAAUAACAGACGCUCCCGAUUUUGACCCCACCGCUGAUGCCGAGGCCCUUUACAGUGCUAUGAAAGGCAUUGGAAGUGACAAAGAGGCCAUCUUGGACCUGGUCACCUCUCGAAGCAAUGCGCAAAGGCAAGAAAUCAUCGCAGCUUACAAAAGCAACUUUGGACAGGACCUGAUUGAUGAUCUCAAAUAUGAGCUCACGGGAAAAUUUGAGCGCCUCAUUGUCAGUCUGAUGAGAACCCCGGCCUACCACGAUGCCAAAGAAAUCCAUGAUGCAAUCAAAGGUGCUGGAACAAAUGAGAGAUGCCUGAUUGAAGUACUGGCUUCUAGGAACAACAAACAAAUACAUGACAUGGUUGCAGCAUACAAGGACGCCUAUGGCAGAGACCUGGAGGAGGAUGUAAUCGCAGACACUUCAGGCCACUUUAAGAAGAUGCUGGUUGUUUUACUUCAGGGGACCAGAGAUGAGUUAGGAGUAGUGGAUGCAGACCUGGUUCAGCAGGAUGCCCAAGAUCUCUAUGCAGCUGGAGAGGAGCAGUGGGGGACGGACGAGGCCAAAUUUAUCAUGAUCCUGGGAAACCGUAGUGUGACCCACCUCCACAUGGUUUUUGAUGAAUAUGAGAAGAUUGCAGAGAUGAGCAUUGAGGACAGCAUUAAGAACGAGCUGUCUGGAGACUUUGAGAGACUGAUGCUGGCCGUUGUCCAGUGCAUAAGGAGCGUUCCCAUGUUCUUUGCCAAGCGCCUCUACAAGUCAAUGAAGGGUCUCGGUACAGCUGACAACACUCUGAUCCGGAUCAUGAUUUCUCGCUCUGAAAUUGACAUGUUGGACAUUCGAGAGUGUUUCCGCCUCAGAUAUGAGAAGUCACUUUAUAACAUGAUUAAGGAUGAUACAUCAGGGGAUUACAAGCGGACUCUGCUCAACCUCUGUGGAGGGGAUGAUGACUUAGCUGGAGAAUUCUUCCCUGAAGCUGCUCAGAUAGCCUACAAGAUGUGGGAAUUAAGUGCCAUGACCAGAGUGCAGCUGAGGCCUACAGUCCGCCCGGCGCCUAAUUUCGACCCUGCUGCUGAUGCACAAGCACUGAGGAAAGCCAUGAAGGGAUUUGGAACAGAUGAAGAUGCAAUCAUUGAUAUUGUUGCAUGGAGAAGUAAUGCCCAGAGGCAAGAGAUCAGACAGGCCUUCAAAUCCCUACUUGGAAGGGAUCUGAUGAAGGACCUGAAGUCUGAAUUGUCAAAGAACUUGGAGAGGCUGAUAAUUGGGCUCAUGCUGACGCCAGCUGAAUUUGAUGCCAAAAUGAUGAGAAAAGCAAUGGAGGGGGCUGGGACUGAUGAACACGCUCUCAUUGAGAUCCUGGUUACCAGGAGCAAUCAGGAAAUGCAUGCCAUGAAUGCUGCCUAUCAGGGUGCCUAUAAAAAGUCUUUGGAGGAUGCCAUUCAGUCAGACACAUCAGGCCAUUUCUGUCGGAUCCUCGUUUCUCUCGUGCAGGGUGCAAGAGAGGAGGGCCCUGCAGAUGUAGAAAGAGCUAAUGCAGAUGCUCAGGAACUUGCCGAUGCAUGCAAUGCUGACUCAGAUGACAUGGUGAUGAAGUUCAUGAGCAUCCUGUGCACCAGGAGCUUCCCUCAUCUCAGGAAAGUGUUCCAGGAGUUUGUCAAAUGCAGUAACAAGGACAUUGAACAGAUUAUUAAGAAGGAGAUGUCUGGAGAUGUGAAAAAUGCAUUUUAUGCAAUAGUGCGCAGUGUAAAGAACCAGCCCUCUUAUUUUGCAGACCGUUUGUACAAAGCCAUGAAGGGUCUUGGUACAGACGACAGAGCGCUGAUCCGCAUCAUGGUGUCCCGUAGCGAGAUCGACCUUUUUAACAUCCGAAAAGAGUUCAAAGAAACUCACGAUGCCUCCCUCCAUGAAUUCAUCCAGGUAGAAACUAUGAUUGGUGACACGUCAGGAGACUAUCGCAAAACCCUGCUGAUUCUCUGUGGAGGGGAAGAUUAACGCAGUUAUAGCCCCGCUGCAGCUCAGUUCACAGACUUUACUGACCACAAGACUGUUGACAGAGUGAAACUGUGAUGGUUCACGUCAGCAUCUUUUCUCAGUGUAACUGCUGCCACUCUUCAGCCAAAUCAAGUGACCUAUGACCUCGCAGCCUUGCAAGCCAGUUUUCUGCUCUCAUGUCUCAACUUCCUGUCCAGCAGGAUGAGACGUUUUUUUUUUUUUUACAGUGUUAUACGCUCACGAUGAAGAUGAUCAUGUUCGCAUCUGUAGUGUAUUUAACAAGUAGGUACUAAAGCAGAACCUUUAAUUUAUAGGCCAUCCAACAAAUACUGUGAUUUGAAGGUAACACACACACCUGAAUAAAAAAAAAUACACAAUUGAAAA